AUGCUCGCGGCUCUUCACGAAGACUCGGACGCGAACGAAAUGCGCUUGUCUGGGGAAAACCUCCAGCGAGCGCGUCAUCGCUUCGCACUUCAGCAGGCCUCUAGAGCUUGUACCCAUCUCUCUCAACGCCAGGCAUCGAAUGACCCUCAGUACCGGGAAGUUAUGCUGGUAUGCUGCCUGCUUUUUGUCAUAUCCGAGCUGUUACUGGGACGGUAUGAUAAUGCCUUUCAACAUCUGCAUAGUGGGCUUCGCGUCCUCAAAGAAACACAGCACUAUCAUUCAACCAUUAGCUUAGACGAGUCACUGGUCCAUAUCUUCGGACGACUCGACAUCGAAUCCGCCCAUUUCGGGCUGGGCACCCCGUUCCUAUUCACCCAUUUUGGUACCGAUGAUGACGUGCAUACUCUGGAUAAUUUCUCUAUAAUGCGAAAUGUGCCAGAUGUACACCGACGCGUGACUUUUCUGUUGAAUAUGGGCAUCCCUUUUCUCGCCCGAUGCUGGCCAUUAUCUGCAGUGGAAGUUGCAGCAGAAUACGAUGAGCUGUUCCAGAGGCAGCAACAGCUUCUGUCCCUAAACUAUCAAUUUCAACAUGAUUUCGGGAUAUUCUGUCGAGAUUUUUCUCAUAAUCUUUGCGGUCGUGAACAGCAAGCUAUCGACGUGCUUCAACUUCAGAGUCUUGGGCAGAUUCUAAGCCUAAAAACUUGUCUCAUCAAAGGGUCAGUGCCUGCAAGCCUGAAACCGGAAUACGUCGCCCUGUUCUCGGCGCAUCAGGAGUUUCUAGCCAAAUGCUCUGAUCGUCCAACACUUACCUUAGAUUACGGUGUGCUCCCGGGUUUGUGGGUGGUGGCCUCGCAAUGUCCAGACUAUUCAAUUCGCUUGCAGGCGAUCCACACCUUGCAGACCUGGCCGCACUGUGAAGGGAUUAUUAAUUCCAACCUCAUCGUCUCGAUGGCUUUGAAAAAAUUGAAGGAAGAGUUACGGACUCACGGCCAUCCAUACAGCUCGAUUAUAGAUGCUGACAUGGAAGAGAAGCUGUCCAGGUUUCUGCUUGAUACAUUAAUGUCGUCGCAACAGUCGACGAACUGGUCGUUCAUUCGCGGAGUUGAUCUGCUUCAGAGACAUUCACGAGUGAGCGCCUAG